UAUAAUACUAUUAGUCAAUAACAAUUCAAGCCUAACCCUAUUUUGCUAAUAUUUUAACCACCAAUUCAACUUCAAUAAUCAAAUCACCACACUCCAGGUUUCUUCUCAGAAAUUUUCUUUUAUUUCCAAAACUCUAACCUAUGAAUCACUCAUAGUCUCAUAUAAUUAAGCAAUACGAAAUAUCGGCACACAGACACCAACACUGUACUGACACAUCAAUAAUAAUUAAAUAUAACAUGUGUCUGUGUCAGACAUCAACACACACGCCUUCAAUAUAUAAGGCGUCGAUCUACCAAAAGACUUCAUUUAUAUACAUUACAUGACAUUAAUUCUCUCUACAACCAAGCAAUGACAAUGCAUCUCUUUCCCUUCACCCCUCUCUUCAUUUUCACUCUCUUCUUUAUCACCAACAUCUCCAUCAUCCUAGGACAACAACCAUACAUUGGUUUAGGAACAACAGCAUGUCCUCGAAAAGGCGAUGCAAAAUCAAUCCGAGGCUACACAUGUAACGGCGAAACUCAAACAUGCCAAGCAUACCUCACCUUCAGAACUCAACCAAUUUACUCCUCAGUUUCAACAAUAUCAUCUUUACUAGGCUCAAAUCCAUCUCAACUCGCCGAAAUAAACUCCGUUUCUUUAAACGAAACAUUCGAAACAAACAAAAUGGUAAUUGUUCCUGUUAAUUGUUCUUGUUCAGGUAACUAUUAUCAAGCAAAUACAACCUAUGUUUUUCAAAACACAGACACUUAUUUUUUAGUAGCUAAUAACACUUUUGAAGGUCUUUCAACUUGUCAAGCUUUGAUGCAUGAAAAUCAUAAUCCUAGUGAUAUAUAUCCUGGUAGAAAAUUACUUGUUCCUCUUAGAUGUGCUUGUCCUACAAAGAAUCAAACUGAAAAAAACAUAAAAUAUCUUUUAAGUUAUUUGGUUAAUUGGGGUGAUUCUGUUUCACUAAUUAGUGAAAAAUUUGGUGUUAACUUCAAAACCACUCUUGUAGCUAAUUCACUUACUUUAACACAAGCUACAAUUUAUCCUUUUACAACACUUCUUGUUCCUCUUUUUGAUAAGCCUUCAAGUUCUCAAAUUCAAACAGUUUCGGUUUCGCCACCUCAACAACCUUCUCCUUCAUCGUCCUCGCCUUCUUCAACCGAUAAAACAUCGAAUAAAACUUGGGUUUAUGUUGUGAUUGGAGUACUUGGAGGAGUUGUAGUUUUAGCUUUAGCAUUGGUUCUAUAUGGUUUUAUUUUCUUCAAAAAGGGUAAAAAGAAAAAUAAUUUUUUGGCAAAUGUUUCCGAGAGUACUAGUUAUGAGGCGAAAGAGAAACCGGUGAAGAAAGAAGAAGAAAAAUUGUUAGAGAUUAUUAUAUCUGGUAUAGCUCAAUCUUUCAAAGUGUAUGAUUUUGAUGAAAUUAAGGUUGCCACAGACGAUUUUAGUCCGAGUUGUUUGAUUAAAGGAAAUGUUUAUCGCGGUGUUAUUAACGGCGAUUUAGCUGCAAUUAAGAAAACAGAAGGAGAUGUUUCGAAAGAGAUACAAAUUCUUAACAAAGUUAAUCAUUCUAAUGUUAUUCGGCUUUCGGGUUUAAGCUUCAAUGAAGGACAUUGGUAUCUUGUUUAUGAGUAUGCUACAAAUGGAGCAUUGAAUGAAUGGAUAUUUUCUAACAAAAUGAAUGAUGAAAAAAAGUUUCUAAGUUGGAUUCAAAGAAUAAAGAUUGCAUUAGAUGUUGCUAUAGGAGUUGAAUAUCUUCAUAGUUUUAAUUCUAAUCCAUAUAUUCAUAAGGAUCUAAAGUGUAGUAACAUUCUUCUUGACAAUGAUUUCAAAGCAAAGGUUUCAAAUUUAAGGCUUGCAAGAUGUGUUCAAGGAGUUGAAAAUGAUGAAGAAUUUGUUGCUACAAGACAUAUUGUUGGAACAAGAGGUUGCAUGGCACCAGAGUAUUUAGAAAAUGGUAUUGUUUCUACUAAGAUUGAUGUUUAUGCAUUUGGUGUGUUGAUGUUGGAAAUGAUUACAGGAAAGGAGGUUGGUUUUAUUUUAUCAAAAGAUGGUGGGAAUUUGUUUGAUGUUUUGAGUGGAAUAGUUGGUAAGGAAAGUUGUGAUGAGAAGUUGAAGGAGUUUAUGGAUUCUUCAUUGGAAGGAAAUUAUCCAAUUGAACUUGCUAUGUUUGUGAUUGAAAUUAUUGAUCAUUGUUUGAAGAAGGAUCCGGUUGAUCGUCCUGAAAUGGAUGAGAUUGUACCAAUUUUGUCAAGAACUUUGAACUCUUCAUUGAGUUGGGAAAUGUCAGUGAAUGUUCCUAUGAAGCACGGACACUCCUUGGAUUAGGGGUGUUUCGGUGUCAGAUACGUGUCGGUGUCUGACAUUGAUAAAAUAUUAUCAGUGUCGACGUGUCAGUAUUCAUGUUCAAUGUCAGUGUAUGUAUCGUGCUUCAUAGGAAUGUUCCUAGAUUGAAGCAGUCGAAAAGGGAUACUUAGAUUACUCAUAUGUUAGUACUAAUGUGUUUGUUAACUUCUGGUUUUGUUUUUCAUUAAGUCAUAUGUUAGUACUAAUGUGUUUGUUAAGUACUUAAGUUAGUAAGCUUAUAUAUUUAUAUUUGGGGAUGUAUAUGGUGUGAAGAUGAAUGAAUAAGAAUUUUAUCUGUCUUCAGGUGUAA